GGUGAUGAUGUAGCAGAUCUGUGAGUGGAUCCCGGGAUGAAUAAGUAAUGAAUCACGGAAAGUUGCAAUUUGAAGGCUAGCAGCUGCAUGCUUGAAAGCAGAUGGUCAUGUCGCCGAUCUGAAGAGACCCGGUGCCUAAUUUUAAAAGCGGAAUAGGUCUACGUCUUGUCGGUAUCUGCGUGAAGGCGGGGGAUCACCGGCUCUUUAUUUUCAGGUGGAAACGGCCGUAGCCCGGUGUAUCGAGGGAGGAUAAAGUUUCUUUCUGAGCUAGUUUGUGGUCUUGCGGUCCUUCCGCUGUGGCCUUGUGACACAGCUCCACAGACUUACGCUACUCCGUCACACCUCCGCCCGUAGAAAGCCCACUGCUAUUGCUGAGACGGGCUACUGCCCCAAAGGCUUUUGAAGAGGGGCGGGUCGCGGGGUAGCAUGCUCUGUUGGAGAGAACCCUGGCCCAGGACUCAGGAAAUGUGGGGUGUUUUCUUCAAACUGCUCCUGGCUUGCUACAUGACCUUGGGUGAGAAGCCCGGAAAUGAACCGGAGGAAGUGAAACUGCAGAACGCUAGCAAACGGAUUGUUCAGCAGGCCAUCCUGCGAGCUGUGCGCCAAGUCUCCCAGGAGAAUCAGCAGUCAGAGACGAGGGCCGGCCACUGCAGAACCGGCCUGCAGCCCGGAGCCGGAGAAGUGACCCAGAAACCCGACGAGAAGUAACGGGAGCGGUCCUCUCCGGUCUAUUUCCAGCCUUCUUAGUAUUCAAUGUGUCGCCUGUGCCACGCACCCGAUAGAGCGAACCAAAGCGGCGUUAGCACCUAGAAGUAGAGUUGAAGCCGCAACGGCCUGGCCCCUAAGCGUUAUUUUCAAGUGCGUUAGGUAACUCGGUUUCUAGAUUACGCAGUGCCUCUUGAACAAGUCGGAAGACAACUUCCGCCGUAACCGUAAUUGUUUCAAGCACAACCUCUUAGCAUUUUAUAGUUCGAAAGCUUGUUUACUGCACUUCAGACUCUCUUGUGCAUUGGUUGUAUAAAUACUUUUAAGUGACGGUCUUCUUUAAACUGUUGGUCUCAGAGCCUUUCAAAGAGACCCGCUGAACCUCAGAAAAACUAUCCUUGGAAGUGGCUUUGCAAGAUGGAUUUGGGGGGGUUUCUGAGUGGAAAGGCUAUAAAGGAAAGGCUUGAAUCAUUUGAAAAUUAAAAAAAAGAUGUCAAGGGGCCCAGAUGGGGAAUGUGCCCCUCUGUGGAUCUGUCAUUCCAGAGGAAGCUCCCUCCCUCUUAACAUUUAGGACCCCAAGUAGAACAGGAA